GAAUUAAGGAAUAUUACUAAAGAUAAUAUUUAUAAAAUUAUUUAUUUAGAAUUAUAUUGAUAAAUAUAAGUUUAACUAUUUAAUAAUAUUAAAACAGGAGAUAUUAAUCUUUUAGUGAAGGUUUUUUGGUUUAUUAAAAUUGUGGCAUAAAUGAUCGGUCACAAAGCAAAAAUACACCGAUGAAUUUAAAUAGCAGCGUACAAAUAGUGGGUUUUAGAAGAGUAUGCGUGCAAGGACUACGCGUACGCGGAUUUUAUUUAUAUUAGAAGUAGUGUAUUUAUUAUCUUCGGUAAGAAACGAAGAUGGCGUUGAUGAAAGUCAUAAAUACCAAAAUAACGAUUUUCUUUCCCGCGACUUUUUUCAGGCCAUCAGAAACAAAAACCUUUUUAACAGGCAAUCCUACUUAGAAAAGGUCAGGCGGCAGUUAAUUACCGACGAAAAACUUCAUGACCACCAAAAUGAACUUGUUAAAAGUACGCUUAAAAAUCUGAAGAAUAUUCUUCAACUAAAAAAAACGGCCAUUAUGACAAACGAUUCUUUUCAUUCAAACCGCGAGCUCAAAAAGGACUUAUAUAAAAAAGCGGUUGAGUAUAUAAAAAGUAUCGAUGGAGAACAAAAUAAAAAAGGCCAUAAAAGUAAGCCACAAAUAUUCGUGAAGGAAAGUAUAUUUACGAAAAAUAACCCUAACAGUUUCCCUACUCAACAGAAACGAGACUUUCCUGCUCACGAUAGUGAAAGCGAUAUUGGUCUAGAUGAAAAAAGUUUACGUAUAUUUGCUGGAGAAGAUGAAAACAAUGCUAUUGAUGAAUCCUAUAGUUCCUCUACCGUGUCAGAAAUUUUGGGGACCAUGGCAAGUAUUUUUGAGGUUGCAGAGAAGAGUUCAGCUACUGAGCAACACGAACUAAAAAAACUAAAAAAAAAUGUUGUUCCAUUACACAAUAACUUCAAAGACAUUUUAGAAAGUUAUAAUGCCGAGGGUGAGCCAUAUAAGGAAUCAAUCAAUGAUGACACCUAUGUAAGCCAGUUUUAUAAUCCUUUUGUUGACAAUCUUAUUAAAAAUAACAAAAAAAAAAGAUCUAGAAGAAAUUUGGAUAAAGAUAUUAUUGCUAAAAAUAGUUAUCCUGCACAAUUUUUGGAAGAUAAAGUUGUAAAACAUGAGCUUAAAAAUGAUUCUAUUAAUUCAAAUGAAAAGUAUUCAAAUGAACAAACAGGCUCCACUGAUAAAGUUAAUACAUUUAGAAAAACAAUAAAGUUGUCUUUGGAAUCAAAAUAUAAAGGGUUUAUUGGAACUAGAGACGAAGUUGAUGACAUUAAUCAUCGUGCAGCAUUUGACAUAAAAAAUGAAUCAAUUAAUGAAAUAGCAAAUUCUGUAGAUGAACAAAGUUAUAGUGGUAGCAGUUUCAGUGGUGAUUCAUCUCAGUCAGGAGAAAGUGUUUUUGAAAAAGUUUUAAAUGGUGACCAGAAUGAAGUUAGUUAUGGAGAAAGUUUUAAUGAUGAAAAAAUAAACAAUAUGGGCAAGCCUUAUAAUUCAAAACACACACAAAUUGUUUGGAAACAUGUUCCAUUUAAUUUAGCGCAAUUAAAACAAAAUAAAAAUAAGGAAGGUAAAAUUGAAUGGAGAUGGACUCCAUAUUAUUGGGAUUGCAGUGGUAAAAAUUCUGGUUGCAAACUUAGACCUUUAAAAACGCCUGAGGGUAAAAUUUUAAAAUUAAAGAGUAAACCAGGAAAAUCCUCUUCUAGUAAAUCUUCCGGUAAAGGUUCUGGUAAAUCCUCCAAACAAUCAUCAAAUAAGUCAUCUAGUAAAUCCUCCAAACAUUCAUCAAAUAAAUCAUCUGGUAAAUCCUCCAGUAAAUCAUCCUCUGGUAAAUCCUCAAAUAAAUCUUCAAGUAAAUCAUCCUCUGGUAAAUCCUCUAAUAAAUCUUCAAGUAAAAUGUCUUCUGGUAAAUCCUCUAGUAAAUCUUCAAAUAAAUUGUCUUCAGGUAAAUCUUCAAGUAAAUUGUCUUCAGGUAAAUCUUCUCCUAGCAAAUCAUCUUCUAGUAAAGGCAAUUAUGAUUUAAAUAGUAAUGAACCCAACAAUGAAAUGAAUAAAACCGGUAAUUUAAAUUCCUCUAAUACUUAUCCACAGCAACAGCAACAGCCUCCUGUUCAGACAAAAAAUCAAAAUGGAACUUAUAAUUCAAAUCAGCCACCAUCCUCACCACCACAAAAUCCAUAUCCUAAUAACCAGCAACCUUUUCCAAAUCAAGUUCCACAACCUCAACAACAACAACCAAGCCCCAAAAAAACAAAGAAAAUUCCUAAACACAAGCAUGACAAUCCUAAGUUAUUAAAGUCUUACAAAUUCCAAGGUAUAGGUACAAAUAUAACUAAAAAAGGAAAAGUUGCGCUCAAAUUAGAGUAUGACAAAAAAGAUGCUACUUGGAAAGCUAUAGAAUCAAGGAAUCUUACAGAUAAGCAUCCUCAGAAAAACAAUACAAAGAAAGGUACUGUUGUUUUAAUUUAUGACAAAAAGCUAGGCACUUGGAUAGCUAAAGUGCCUAACAACGAUAAGAAAAAGGAAAAAAUAAAUGAAAAUAACAUUAAAAAAGAAAAAGUUGGAGUAGUUAUUGAUUAUGAUAAAAAGCUUGGAACUUGGGUUGCAAAAGAACCAGAAAAAUUUAAAAAUGAAACAAAUAAAAAAGAUAAAAAAGUAAGUGUGAGUUUGCAAUAUGACAAAGCCCUUGGCACUUGGGUUGCAAAAGAAUCUCCAAUUUUAAAAGGAAUGGAGCUUAAUGCAAAUAACACAUCAAAAAAGCAAAAAGUAGCUGUCCAUCUAAAGUUUGAUAAAAAACAACACACAUGGGUUGCUAAAGAACCACCUAAAAAUAUGAAAGAGCAAAAAAAUAAAAGUAAAAACACUUUGGAAUACCUCAGAAAUAAUAUCACUAUGACAACUAGCACAAAUAAUAAAAAAAAGUCACAUUCUCCUAAUUUUUCUAUUAAAAAAAAGUUUUUAGAAAUGAUAUCGAAUUAUACUAAAAAGUCAAACAAGACAGUUCAUUUGGCUAGCAGAAGUGAGCAAAAAAGCAAACUUGAAUUUAAUAAAAAGCCCAUAAUGCGACUUCAGUGGAAUAAUCAAGAAAAAACAUGGGUUUCUAAGGAAAUAAAUAAGACAAGCUAUGUUGCUAAAAAUAAUACAAUGAAUUCCUUGAAUAUUUCAGUUAAGUUAGCCAAUCAAAGUUUAUCAAAAUCAUCAUUAAAUUUUCAAAAAACAAAAUUAAAAGCUCAUAAAAAAAUUGAAAGCAGACAAAAUGGGUCAUUGUUAAAAAGAUCCAAAAGAGACAAUACUAUAUUUUACUUGGUGAAACGCCAACCAGAAUAUGCUGUUUUGCAUGAAGAUGAAAAAUAUUCAAGUAAAUUGUCGAACCAAUUUCAAAAUUAUAAAGGAGUAGGAGCGCCAAAAUCAAGAAGAAAAAGAAUCAAAAUGAUUAUGACUAGAAAGCGAAAAUUUGCACCAGAAGUUGAUGAAUUUGAAAACCAAUUUUUACAAACAGAGGAUAAGUCUGAGGAUUUUGAAGAAAUAAGUGGUUCUGGAUCAGAAGUGCAAAAAGGAAGUUACUUAGAAAAUGAUUUAUGGGGAAAAUCAAGAAACACAGAUAAACAAAGUACCGCCAAAGAUUUUGGUAUUGAUCAGAUUGGCUUGACAAAUAAUACAUCUAAAAAGUCAAGCUUUCAUUUACAUGAUAAAACUUAUUUUCCUAAACAAAUGGUUCUUGAAAGUGUUCGUCAAAGGCCACGUAAUAAAUACAGUUCAAAACGCAGUUCUGAAAUUUUAAAAAAUGAAAAUGCAUAUACAGGUGAUUCUAUAUUUGAAAAUAACGAUGACAGCUUAUCUGGAUUUAUAGUAGAAGAUGAUAACAGUGAGUUGUAUCAAAAUAAUAAUAAGCAUACAGGAAAAAUGAAUUUGAUUUGGGAUGACCUUAACCCAAAAUCUUUGAGCAAAAUGGACAAUGAUGUUUAUCUUGAGGGUUUACCAGCAUCAGAAAAAUUUGAAAAACAAAGUAAUGGGUACAAGGGUGUAUUUUUACCUAAUGAUACUCCAAAUGUUCAUCUUGCAAAUCCAACUUCAACUGCAACAAAGCGUAAUCCAAUUAGCUUUGUAAAUGUUGUAGAAAAAACAAUGUAUAGAAAUAACACUUGUUGUAAAAUGAGUCAACUUGAUGAUGAUUGGGAGUUUAACUGCUGCGGGAAUCAAAAUGAUCAAAUUGAUCUUAGCUGUUGUGAGGAAUCUGUUGAGCUUCCUGAAGAUUCUCGCACAACAAAAGUUACUUGGGGAAAUUUAGGUGAAAUCCACAGAAAUACUAAAACUGAAGAUUCAGGUAAGGAUCUUAUGGAGUUAGCCUCAGACUUUAAAUUAAAACCACCUGAGGGUUCAGUAAACUUAGGAAAACUUUUAAACACUCUCACAAUUAAUGAAACAUUGUUAAACCAGCAAAAAAAAGGUAAACAUAAAAAGGAGCACCGCUUUUCAAAUAGAUUAGAAAAUAAUCAAUCUGAAAAAGAAGAAGGUGUGACAAAAGCAACUAGCAAAUUGGAAAGUGGUGAAAAACACACUUUCGUACAUCCUACAAAAACACCAACUGAUUUGAACAAUGUUCAUCAGACGCAAAAACCAUAUCCUUAUAUUUUCUAUCCAACACCUAAAUUAUCUUAUCCUACAUUUGUGUAUCCAGUUAAAGAGGCAAUACAGCAGUUUCCACAGGGUAUGCAAUUAAGUAAUGUAGUUGUUAUACCUUUAACUACAAGAAAAUCUCAUAAAGGACCAGUUAGAAUUGUAUGGGGUCAAUCAUAUCAUAUUAAUACUACAUCUAAGCCACAUACGACUAAAAUAAUUAAUGGCUCAGAGCAAACAACAAAAAGACUGCCUUACAGGACUACUACUACUACAAUUAGAUCUAAUAAUGUUAAAGUAGAAAACAAUGAAAAACAUAUCACAUAUAAAAUGGAGGAGACAAUAAAUAAAGGUAAUAAACAACCUAACUUAAAUGAUUAUGCAGAUGUGUACAAAGUAAAAAAGAAGCAGCAAAACUCUAUUGAAUUUGGGCACAAAUUUAAGCCUGUAUACUCAAAAGGGAAUAAAUCUAUUCAACACAUUCCUGUUGCCACUAAACCAAAAAUGCCUGUUAUUUAUUUAAAUAAAGGCAACAAAGAAAAAUCUAACGCAAAUAUUUCUUAUUACCCCCAACAAAACAAUUUAUCGUACUAUCCUAAACUACAUCAUAAUACUAAUUACUAUAAACAACAUUAUCCUGUUUAUCAAUUAAAACCAAAAGUUCAAUCUGUCACAAAAUUGCAACCACCAAGUAGCUAUGGAAAUACUUCAAAGCUUUAUUAUUAUCCAUUGCGUUUCAACAACAAUGCCACGUACAAUAAAACUAAACCUUAUAGUUGGAGUUAUUAUCCAUCUGUUAUCAUGAAAUCUGAAAAUAAUAAAUCAGAUAACCAUCGCCCAAGUGUUAAAGAAGAAAGCAGUGGUGAUAUUGAAGAAUCCAAUGUUUUCAAUAAUAUAAUAGUUUAUAAAAAUAACAAAAAGAAAGAAAAAAAGAAUUCUAACAAAUUAAACGGUAACCAAGUAAACCAGGAAACAACAAAUAGCUCAGAGGAUUUUAAAACAAAAAAGGUUAAGCAAAAACCAGUUUUAGCAAAAACAAAACAACAAAAAAAAAGAAAAGAAAAACAAUCUGACAAAAUAACAGAAAAACAAACAGAAAAAGGAAAAACCUCUGUAGUGGUAGUUCAAGAGGACCUUAGUUCUAAAGUUACCAAAGGAAAAAAUAAAAGUAAGAGAAAAAAUCAGGAAGAAACAAAAGAACAAGUCAAACAAAAAUCAAAACCUACAGAUGAGCUUACUUCUAAUAAACACUAUUCAACACAAUCAUCGGUUGAAGAACGUACAACAACAGAAAGUUCCCUUGUAUUAAAAGAGUCAGAUAAACAAAUUCAAUCUUCUACGCCUAUAGUUGAAACGACGAAGGAAAAUGAGAUUUUAUCAACUACACCAUUCACUUUUCAAAAUAAAACAUCAACAAUGAUGUAUACUACUCCAUUUUACAAUAUGAAUACACAAGUAAGUAAAAAGCCUGUGGUGCCCACAAAAAGCUCAAACCAACAAAUUCAGCCAGCAAAACAACCAUAUAUUUACAAUUACAGCCAAUCAGUCAAUCAGUCAAUGUUUACUACUCAACUUCCACCUACAAUAAAGUUUACUAGUAAAAGUUAUAAAAUUCUUUGCUUACCUAUUCAGUGGCCCUGCUAUGGAGAACGUUUUGGACAAACAAAGUUAUCUUUGAAUAAUUAUACAGCUGGAUUUAACCAACCUACUAAAACUGCUGGUCCUUCCAUUGCAAUGCAACCUAUCAAUAUUUGUGGGGAGGGUAUGGCUGUUCCAUGUGUAAAAUUUCCUUCUGUUCCAACUCCUAACAUAAACUCAAAAGUUAAUAACACACUGUAUAGUCCAACCUCUUCCCAUAAAGAAAAUAACCAACCACAAAAAACUAUUUCUUCUGGCAUUCCUUCAACUAUUGCAGAUUUGAUGUUUCCAACUCAAUCACCUGUCAACAUAGAAUUUACAACCCAGUCUACGACUAGUUAUCAAAAUAAGGUAACAACUGUUUCAGAAAAUACAUCUUUUGUUCCACCAGUUUACCAACCUAUUUUACCAAUUGUUAUGGUAUCUCCUUGUGGUACAGUUUUUAACCCAUGUGUUACUCCAAACGUACUGCCUUGUGUCCCAAGGCCAAAUUUUCCUUGUCCAGUAGAAAAUGUUAAUGCAAUUGAAGUACCAGUGCAAGUUAGUGAUUCUCGUUCAGAAUUCACAACAAAAGUACCACAAACAGUAAGUUAUUCUCAAGAGCCUGAAACAACAAUAUCAACAUCUGAAACUACGAUAUCAACAACAGUAUUAACAUCUGAACUUGCAUUGCCGCAAUCAACAACCAUGACAACUCUAAACCCUUAUGAUAUUCACCAAAGUAGUAGUAAUACAGUUAAUUUAUCAGAGUCAUUAACCAAUGUAAAUGAAAAGCAAUCCAAAAUAAUUCCAGUAGUUCCAUUGGUACCUUGUCCAACAGCACUUAAUACUCUGUGUCCUUUUGACUUACAACCUGUACUUCCUAAUGAAAUGCCAGUCUGGGGUGUAGAGACUGUUGAAACCAUUAUAAAGCAAGUUCCAUCAACAAUUAACCCUUAUACAUCCACUCAAGUUCCAACAUACAAUAUUAAAGCACCAAUCAGUAAACAAUCAUUUCGGGAUUUUGAUGUUGAGUUAGGAAAAGAUAUAAAUGGGCCAUCUAUAGGUCAUGCAAACAAAUCUCAAGAAGUUCUUUCUGAUGAGAAAAUUCAACCUUUUCCUGAUUAUCCUACACAAGAAAAUGUCACAGAUUUUAUAUUCAAUGAAAAGAAUGGUUUUACUUAUAAAAGUCAAAACUUUUCUACCUCAAUCCCAAAUACAAUCACAUUACCAUUAUCAAGUGACACUUCAAGUUUAAAUACUGCAAGAGUUCAAGUGUCGAGAGCAAAUGAAGUUGAAGAAUAUAGAUAUUCUUCUCCUAUUCAAGAAAAAUAUGUUAAAAAACCAAAGUCAGUUAAAACAACACCACCAACAACUUCAACAACAACUUCUACAACAACUUCUACCACAGCUUCGACAACAUCUACAACAGUUUUAACAACAAUCAGAAGUACAGAAUCAAGCACAACAACAUCAACUCAACAACCUGUUACCGUACUGCCCAAGUUAACAGAUUCAUUAAGUACCAUUUUUACUUCAUCUAAUUCUAAUCAACAGGAAUCACCUAAAAAAAAAGAAAACCCUUACUCUUGGGUAUAUGAUAAAAUUUCUCAGCAAUGGAACUAUAUUCAAACGCCUCAAGAUACUCCAACUUACGAUACAAUAAAUCCUUUGGUAAGCACAACUACUAGUACUACUGAUAGUAGUAGUGCACUACCUUCGGAGAGCACUACUACUAGUACUACUGAUUUUACGACAACUCAAGCUACAACUUUGUAUGAAUCAACAGAAAGCCAGGAAACAACAGUAUACAAGUACACAACAUCAUCAACUCCCACCACAACUACAAAAUCAGAACAAAGUUUUUACCAGCAACAAAAUUCAACAACAAUCAUUCCGACACAAAGUUAUGUUACUGAAGCUUCUAAUAAUAUAUCAGGGCUUGUAUUGACAACUGAGAUGCCAGAAACAACAACUACUGGUUCAGAGACCACAAAAUACAUGGAAACUUCUAUCAAAUAUACAAAAAAUAAAAGUAAGUCACCAGUUAAAAUAAAUAUCUUUACAGUUGCACCAAAUGUUGAAACAGUUGGAACCACCUCAAGCUCAACACCAUUUAUUGAAAAAACUCUUAGCUCAACUGAAAAGAAACUGAAAAUUCAAAAACAAGAUUCAGAAUUUGUUUAUUAUGAAAGCACAGCAACACCAACUACUGAUGACCCUUUGAAACAAGAUGAUGAGAACAAUGAUAACUAUGAGUCACUUGGGCCUCUAAUAUCAAAACCUAAUUCUAAUUUUCAAACUGAUUCCUGGCAACCUAAUAAAGAGAAUAAUGCCUCUACACCUAGGCCUAGUACAAAUGACACUGCAAUAAAAGUGAUAUUAGGAGAUAGGCUCUCUGCAGGCUAUUUCUCACCAGCCAAUAAUUUAAACCAAAGUUCAUCAGAGUUUGUAUCAACUUACAUUUCACCUGUUGUACUGAUUGCUAAUUCAUCUCAAAUUUUAAGAGGAGAUUCAGAAAAUGCACCAUAUCUUUCUGAUAGACAAGACGUUUCCUACAGAGUUGGAGGUGAAUAUGUUAAUGAAGAAAAUUAUGUGUUCUCAGAAGUGAACUCUAGUUUGUUGUAUAAAGCAAAUUCUGAUAAAAAUAUUUCAUCAGUGAUUGCGACAACAACCUCUCCUAAACCUAAAGUUACAAUGUCAGAACCUGAUGAAUAUACAUUCAGAGAUAAAAAUAAAAAAGAGGAUAAUUUACUUAAUCUUGUUCCUGAGGUUACUAGGCAACCAGAGACAACUGAAAGUUCUUCACCAACAAAAUUUUCAACUGAAGAAAUCAUUCCCAAACCUGAUACUAAUAUAAAACCUGAAGUUUUAAAAAAUAACAAUUCAAAAUCAAAAGCAGAUUCUAGUUCAUCUGAAGAUUCUUCUGAAUCUGCAGAAAAUUAUGCCAAUCAAAUAAAAUUAACAACUGCCAAAACAACAAUCAACUAUCUAUUUACUGAUACAACCAAAGCAGCAGCGAAAGUUCUAUUUGAUAUUAAUCGACCAAGCAUUUAUGCCACUGUUGAAAAUAAUUAUAUUGAAACGACUUCUUUACCUAAGACAACUGAAGCAACCUUAACAACUGCUGAAGCUACUAAUACAGUUUCAACUACUACAGCAACCAUUGAUGAAAUCAAAACAGUCGGUACAAAAUCAAAGUAUUUUGAAAAGACAGUACCCAAAACAACUGUUACUACGACCACUACAAAAAUUGAAUCAGAGGCUUUUGCCAAUGAAGCGAAAGAAAAGUCUCCUAUAAAUGUCACUGAAGAAAUUAAAUCAGAAACAACAACUGACAAACCUGAACUCAGCACAGAACUCAGAGUUUUAGAUUGGACCACAUCUGCCGUUGAAACCACUACAACAACAACAACAACUCAACUUUUAAACUAUAAUCAAGUAGUUCAAGGGGAAAAACAAGAACCCUCAGAUUUUAAGCAUCCUUAUAACCAAUUUUUAGAAAGCAUAUAUGGCUUUGCUAGCUAUGAAGAUUAUUUGAAAAACUAUACAGCAUUAAUUAGUACUUUCCAUAUAACACCUGCUCCUGAGGCUGCUUUGGUCACUCAAACUUAUAACACUGAUAGACCUGAAAUUAUAAAUCAAUCCAAUUUCUCUUAUAAUAUCCCUGUGCAAUCACAGAAUCCUGCUUUAAUAAAUAAUCUUGUGGUAAAUUCAUCAGCAGCAUUACAGAAUGUUGAACCAGAUAGUGAAAAUGAAGAAGAUGAGGGAGCUGGUAGUGAAGAGGUUCUUCUAAAGCCAACUUCCAAAGAAAGUAACAAAGAAUUAAAUGAACUAUUCACAACACCACCAACAUCUUUACUUGUGAAUUGUGCUGGUAUAGAUUCAAAUCCAUGCGAGUUUCCCAAUAUCUUUUCAACUUAUUCAACUACAUCAACUACUGUCUCUCCUUUUUCAUCAAUUUCCACAGUAAAUGCUGAAAAAUCAGCCCCUGUUGAAGAACUUGCUUAUUCACCAUUUGAAAGUACUACCACACUAACCCCAUAUGUUUCUAAUAUUCAAACAACAGAAGUUAUAUCACCAGAAAAUAAUUCCUCAUCAUCUUCUCAUGUUAAAAUAUCUGGUAAUAAUAUAAAAGAAACUUAUCAAGAAAGUGAAGAUAGUUUAUUUGACAAGGAAAAUAAACUUGAAACAACAAAAUCUCCAGAGAUUGAAACAACUAAGUUAAGAACUGAAAAUUUAAUAUCAACUACAACAACAACAAUGCCAGAAUUAGAAAUGUCAUUUAUGACAACAGUACUACCUAAGACAGUUUAUGCAUCUAUAAAAACAACUUUAUCUGAAAAAAUAGAAUCAACAGAAAUAACUGAAACAACUGUAAAUACAACUCCAUAUGAGUUAGCAGACAAUGAAACAGAUAACGAAACUAUUGGUAUAUUAUUUUCUGAUAACAUAAAUGUCCCUCAAGAUCCUCAGCUUUUGGAAUCUUUAUCAACUGUUACACCUUAUUCAACAGUUAGAUAUAAUUCAACUCUAAAAACAUUUGAUACAUCACAUUACAACAAAACACCGGAAUCCUCCACCAUGGCUAGUACUCCAGAUAUUUCUACAACUUUGUACAAUACAAACACUUCAUUUUAUCCUUCUGUUUCUACUUCAACUGAACUCGAAACAACAACUUCAACUUUAACAGUUCCUGUGACACAGGAGAGUACCACUGUAACCAGUACUACAAAUGAUUAUCAAGUAUAUAUGUCAACAACUGUUAGCCCUAUGAAUAGUAAUGGUUACAUUUAUAAUAGUACUACAACUGGAUCUCCUUCAUUUUAUUCAGUUCCAACAAGUUACACUUAUUCUAGGAACACCAACAGAGUUUUAACUGUGAAAAUACCUGUUAUGAAGACUGAUGAAGUUAAAAAAGAAGAAAAAACUGAAGAUGGAGGUUUGUUUAAUGAAUUAAAUAUCAACAAAACCCUUGAAAUGCAUAAGCCAACUACUACAACUCCAAAGAAAGCAAUAAAGGUAUACAACAACAGUAAAUCUUCUAAAGAAGAAAAACCACUGGCUGUACUCACUAGUCCGUCUCCUAUAAAUAAAACCUCAACAGUAACUUAUCCUUAUCAAGAAGAGUUAUAUGAAUCAAUUUCUAAAGAUGAUAAAAAAAUUCAAGUUGAAACGUCUUUAAUAAAUGGUUUAGAAAGUAGAAACAUUCAAAAACAGCAAACUGAAACUAUUGGUGACAUUCAAAAACAGCAAACUGAAACUAUUGGUGGCAAGAAUCAAUAUGGUAAUUUUGCAUCAUAUGCAGAUUACCUACUUGACUAUUAUAAUAAACUAUCAACUUCACAAAAUGUUGAAAACAAAAAUACAAACUCACAGUUUGAUCAAAAAGGUUAUGUUGUUGAGAACCAAUCAUUUGAAUUGAAAAACUCCAACCCAUCACAAGAUAAUUUGCAUGAGAAGGAUCAAUUAGUUAUUACUGAAAAAAUUCAGUCAUUUAAUGAGUCACAUUUAAAUAACAAUGAGGCUUUUGUGUAUACUGCUGCCCCUGCUACCCCCGUUACUCCUGUAGACCUUUCUUCAUAUGAUAUAGCUUUGAAAGCUUAUUAUAAAAAAGUUCAAGAUGUUGGUCAAUCUUCAAUAGUUCAAAAUUCUUUUCAAUCAUUACCAUAUAAUCUGAAUACUUCUGGACAUGAAGUUGUUAAAUUGCCACCCAAUUCAAACAAUGAAAUUUUGCAUGAAAAAGAGUUAAAAACUUCUGAAAAUUCUUACACACCUGAUGAAACAACUCAAAAACCUAAUAAUGCGCAUACAAAUAGUUUAGAAUCAGUAAACAAAAAUGAUACUAUUGGUAGCCUGUUUACAGAUAACUCUAUGCAAAAUGAACUUCAAAGUGUAAAAGAUGCUGCGGUUACAGAAAUAUUAGACUUAUUAUUUCCCACUCAAAUUCCAUAUUACAACAAUAAAAAUUCAAUAACAAACUCUAGUGAAAACUCUUCUUCUAUCUCAUUAAAUAAAAACUCUUUUCAUGGUUAUCCAUCAUAUGAGGCUUACUUAGAUGCCUUAAUUAACUCUAAUUCUGCAGUUUAUGAAGAAGAAGAAUCAGAAGAAGAAUCACCUAUUUCAAAUGAUGUAGUUUUUACGUUACCAAAAUUAAAUGUUAUGAGUGAUGAAUCCACUAUUGAAAGAGUAGAAAAUAUAACAACUGUUACACCUACAACUAGCCUAAACAUAGUACCAUUUAACACAAAUGAUAAUGAUAAAGUUUUAGUUCAAAAUGGUACACUUCCAAAAUAUUCCUUUCAAAAUUCAGUAGUAGAAUCACCAGCAUCUUUAACUAACCCGGAGCUAAUUUCAUAUUACCAACCAACCACUGGGUCAACCAGCCCUACUACUGGGUCAACCAGCACAACUCAAAACACAUUAGUAUUUGGCUUUAAGUCGUAUGAUGAUUAUCUGCUCGAUUAUUAUAGAAAAAUUAAAUUAGGAUAUUCGAGUGAAAAUUCUGAACAAGAUUUAAAAUAUACUCCGAACCAAAAUAUGUUGCAAACUUCACCAUCAUCACAAGUAUUAACAUCAACAAGCACAGAGAAAUUAAAGGAAAAAGUAAACAAUGAAAUUAUUUUUGAGACAUCGAAGAAUGAAAAAACCUUAACAAAUGCUAAACCAACUUUUGGUAACUUUAAUGGGUUUGCAUCCUAUGAAGAAUAUCGAAUGGAUUAUUACAAAAAAUUGCAGUUUUGGUAUGCAUCAUCUAAACCAGAUAUUUCAACCAUACCCCUUCCCUAUAUUCAGUCUGCAACAAAAACUGAUGCUACUAAUCAAGAAAAUUUAAAAAGUGAAGGCAUUGCAUCUGCUAGUGUUACUGAUGAAAUUUUACAAAGAGACAAGGAAUCUUUUUCUAAUGCAGAAUAUGACAAAUCUCUUCAAGCUUCUGAAUUUCAACAAGUUUCUGCAUCUUUCCUUAAAGAUAGGAAAAGCACUGUAACACCAAUUACAGAUUUGACACAAAAUGAAAUAUAUCCAACAUCUGAUCAUAUAUCAACUACCCCAAGUGGAUUGCUUACUGAAACAGCUACAACUGAAAGUUAUACUACCCCAUUCAAUCAAAAUGAUACAACAGUUACAACAAAUUCUAAAUUUGAUAGCACAACUGGAUCCUCUAUAAAAGUAGUUACAAUGGAGAUGAAAUUAGUCACAACUCCAAGCGAUAAAUUAACCUCCACUGAUUCUGUAUAUCCUAAAUCAGAUUCUACAAAUAAUGACACACCUCAAACAGAUGCUUCUACAACAAGUUCAACUAGCUCUUUGUCUAAUAAAGAACAUUAUGACAAUAACACACCAAUACCAAUAGAAACCAUGGAAAUGAAGAUUGUGACUGCAGAUAAUGAAAAAACAACACAAGAAUCCACAAUAAGCCAAACAACACCUUUUCCAAUAGAUGUAAUAGAAUGGGCAACAACUGCUCCGGAUGAAAAAACAACAUCUGAUUCAAUAACUAGUCAAACAACACCCGUUCCUGUUAAUGUUAUAGAAUGGGCAACCACACCUUUGGAUGAACAAACAACGUCUGAAUCAAUAACUAGUCAAACAACACCCAUUCCAGUUAAUGUAAUAGAAUGGGCAACAACACCUUUGGGCAAACAAACAACUUCUAAAAUUACAACCAGUGAAACAACACCUAUACCAGUUGCAGUGGUAGAAUGGCCAAAAUCUGAUUAUCCCACAGAAAUUCCUGAUAAAAAUAAAAACGAAGACUUUAGGUAUAGAACAGACCAAAACAGAAAAGUUACACCUAUAAAGCCAGUAACAAUUGAAAUGGAAAUUGUGCCUAUAUCUCGUUCUUCUACAAAGCAAACUUUUCAAGUUACAACUGGUGUCUCUCCAACUGCUACUAACUAUUUAUAUAAAGCAUUGCCAACAAAUUUACAAACAAAUGGUCAAAUUGGUCAAAUGCCAUCAACAACCAUAUCAUCAUUGUUAGAUAUAAAAACAAAAAGGUCAACACAUGCUUCUCCAACACCAGCAGGAUUAGACAUGUCAAGCAACAAUGAUGAAGAAAAUGAAAGCUCAAAAACUCCAAAGGAAAAUAAAGUUAUUGUAAAUGAACAAGCAACAACUGCCCAACCUAUUUUAAGUACUAAAGUUUAUGAUACAUCAUCGACAACAACAACAAAAGCAGAUUUGGAAGCAACAUUUAAUAAUAAAAUUUCUGAAUCAAAUACUUUUUCAACUUCUACAGAAAGUAGUACCACAAAUAAUCAACAAAAUGUUCAUUCUGAGCCAAAGGAACGAACAACUUACACUCUUAGAUCAUUGACCCAUUCUUUAAAUAAAGUUUCUAAAACUGAAUCAAAUGAUAUUUUAUCUGCCAAAACUACAAAAAGAACAAUUACAACAGAACUCCAACCUGAAAAUUCUGAAGUUGUUGAAAAUAAUUCCCAAACGAUAACAGAAAUUAAAACUACUUCAAAAAUCACUACAUCGCCUACUCUACCAACUUCUACUUCAACAAGCACUGAUUCAUCUACUUCAACAAGCACUGAUUCAUCUACUUCAACAAGCACUGAUUCAUCUAUUUCAACAACAACAGCUUCUAAUAACUUAGGAACAGUAAGUUCACCUUACAACAUCCAAAGUGAAAUGCCAUUGAAUUCUCCAAUAGCAGAUGUAAUUAAAACUGAUUUACCCAAAACAUAUUCAAAUCUAAUAGACUCGACAAGUGGAUCUUCAACAGAAACAGUUUUAAAUAAAGAUUUAUCUGAAAAUAGAUCUACUGCUGAAUUAAUUACUGCAGAAAGUCAAGAUUUUUCAACAACACAAUCAUUAUUGUCUACAAGCGUUACAAUGACCUCUUCUGUGAAUGAGCAACUACCAGAAUCUUCACCAACUACUAAAGAAGAGAAUCUGCCAAACACUCAAUCUACAUUUGAUUACCAAGCUACAUCUACAUCACAGCCAGGAACAACUGCUGGAACUACAAAAUACCCUUAUAAUGACUUAUUUUAUGAUUACAUAUACAAUUGGUCAAAAUAUCUAGAAGGCAUUCAAAAUUGGAUUAACAAGUAUAUGGUACCUGUUGAACAUCACAACAUCACUUUGCAUCCUGAUGCCCAUCCUACUUUAAAUCCGAAUGGUACUAAUUAUCAACAUGAGUAUGAAGAGUACUUAAAUUCUAUAGAGCGCUGGGAGGCAACAUCUUUAUUACAAACUAAGUUAACUAGCACAACAACAGAACACCCAGAUGGUGAAGAUUCAAUGAUAAAAACUCCUAGUAAUGAUUCUCCAAGUUAUAUUUCAUCCACUGUCACUUUGCCAAAAGUUGUAUCACCAAAAGAACAGACUUCAAUAAAUACUUAUCUUAAUUAUAGAACAGCUCCACGUACCGACUCACCACUUCACACUGAAGAAAUAAGAUCAACAAUGCCACCAAUAAUAAUUGAAACAACAUCUGAAGCAACAACAACACCAAUAACAACUGAAACAACAACAACAACACCAAUAACAACUGAAACAACAACAUCUGAAGCAACAACAACUGAAUCAACAACAACACAACCAACUACAACUCAACCAACAACAACUGAAUCAACAACAAUUGAAUCAACAACACCUGAAGCAACAACAACUACACCAAUAACAACUGAAGCACAAACUGAAACAACAACAACAUCAAUAACAACUGAAGCACAAACUGAAACAACAACAACAUCAAUAACAACCGAAGCACAAACUGAAACAACAACAACACCAAUAACAACCGAAGCACAAACUGAAACAACAAUAACACCAAUAGCAACUGAAACACAAACUGAAACAACAACAACACCAAUAGCAACUGAAGCGCAAACUGAAACAACAACAACACCAAUAACAACUGAAACACAAACUGAAACAACAACAACACAAUCAACAACUCAACCAACAACAACUGAAUCCACAACAAUUGAAUCAACAACAAUUGAAUUAACAGCACCUAAAGCAACAGCAACUGAAGCAAUCUCAACUGAAACAACAACAAAUGAAGCAACCACAACUGAAGCAAUAACAACUCAACCAAAAACAAUUGAAGCAGCAACAACGGAAACAUCAACAGUUGAAGCACCCACUACUGAAGCAACUACUACUGAAGCAACCACUACUGAAGCAACAACUAAUGAACUGUUUUCUAAAACAAUAGCUACAAUGACUACUACAACUACAUCUGAUACCACAUCAACAAAGGAACUACCACAAGCAUCGUAUGUAGCUCAAAAUGUAGAAGAUAACCAAAUAAGAGUUACACCUUUAGAAAGUCCAGGGAUAGGAUAUCAAGCAUCAGUGUAUCCAUAUCAGUUAUCAGGUGCUCUUUAUGUUGAAAAUAAUCCUUUUAUUUUUCCAGAAAUGAAUGUAGCUCCUGUCUCAACAACAGGUUAUUUCCAACAAGAAAGUUCUAAUCAGUUAGUUGAACCUAUAGUACCAAGUUUGACAACAUUAACUGAAACAGUUGUCCCUGUGAAAUAUAUUAUAGCACCUACACCAUAUACUUCUACCACUGAACAGGAAAAUAAAGGAGCAGAGCUUUUAAGUACAUCUGAAACAUCAACUUUGUCUACUGAUAGAUUUACGCUUGAAUCAACAUCAAAAUAUACUCCAGAUAAUGCUGUCUACUUUGGACAAGAAGCUGCAUUGCAACCAGCUCAAGCACCUAAUGAAUCUGUAACACAAACCUCUCAAUCUCAAUCAAUGGUUUAUGAACAAAAUACAUUGUUACCAUCCCCAAAAGAAUCAAAAGAGCCUUAUCCACCAAAAAACAGUGGUUUUGAAACAACUUCCACAAAUUUACCUGCAUAUCAAGAUGAAAGUGCUAAACCAACUACAGAAACGACAAAACCAGAAAUGUUUUCAUUUUUGCAAAGAGAUGCUGAUACCACUCCAUCAGCUGAAACUUUAUCAACAACAGAAGAAACUCCGUUUGUUAGCGUGACCACAAGUUUAAAUUCUAACUAUUUAACCACCUCUACUACCAUCCAACCAAUGUUAGAAUUUAGUCCAGAACCUGCUGAAAAUAUUUUAUCUAAUAAAAAUGAGGAAUCGUCUACUGAAGUAAUUCCAGCCAAUACCACUAUUAUAUCAACCAUCAAAACUGAUGAAACCUCAGGUGAGUUAAAUCUUAUUGCAUCAUCUGAAAGGGUUACUAUAAAUGCCAACAGUAUAAAAACUGAAUCAGAAUUAAAUUCAACUGAAUCAUCUAAUACUUUAAGUACAACUCCAUCACUCGUAAUUUCAAAAAACCUUGAGCCUAUUAUGAACUUAGAUUCUAAUUUAGAUAGUUCAAAUUUCACUUCUCCAGAAAAAGAUCCCCAAAAAAACAUAUUUGGUGUAAAAGAUAAUUUUUCCAUUAGAAGUGCUGUUAAUGUUGCAGAUAUUAAAUCUCAAUUACCAACUCCAUCUGUUGUUUCGCCAGUUAUUGCAUCUGUCAUUCUAGCAGAUUCAACAUCUGAUUAUAACAUAUCAUCUCCAUUAAAAAUAGUAAAGACAACUACAGAUUCACAAAAAUCAGAAGCUCUCAUUGAAAAUGACAAUCUAGAAAAAAAAUUACAGGAAGAAGAAGAAUUGCAAGAAGCACAGGACUCGCAGCUGUUUAAUGAAGCAUCAAAUGUAAGUUCUGACGAUGUGGUAUCUGCAAAACCGUGGCAGGGAACAACUGUUUCUAUGACAACACGAUCAUUACUUUCUACAUUAUUGACUACAAAACGAAAUCGGCCAACAACUCGUUACACAGGUUACAAAAUUCAAGGUCCAAAUGCUGCAGAUUUGAUUAUCAAUGCAGAUUUAAAAUCCAAUGAUCCUUAUGUAAAUGUUCAGGAGCGAUCAAUGCUUCCAACACAAACUAUAGAUAGUAGCAAAAUUGUUACUCCUUCAUCAAAAGUAACUCUUGGUAUGUUAUUAUCAACAACUGCACCUAGAAUUGUAUCUUCCAUAAUGACAUUACCAAAAACUAUUUUUGCGGAACCAGAAACAACUCCACGAGUUGCUUCUCCUGCAACAAUAACCCAGCCUAACUCAAAAAGUCCUGUUUUUCAAAGUUUAGCUUUACAGCUUGCGACAAACGAUGUAAUUUUACCAAAGGAAUUCAAUCCUCAAUCAGAAACAGAUUCUGGGGUUUCUUACGAUGAAACUCCUGUAGGUAUUGAAUCAACAGAAAAUCUUACAGAAGGAUAUGAAACCGGACCAGAUUUAUUUAAUUUAAAACACGAAGAAUUUGAAAAUGAAGGUUCAUCCGAUGAGAAUAAACUGCAAAAUGAGUUGAAUGAUACAUAUCCACUGCCAGUUCAGAAGCCCGGAAGUUCAGAAGAGCUUGCAGUUAAAAAAACGUUGGACACUAUUCGUGCUGAUAACACAGAAAGUAGCAUGAGUGAAUGGUCUGAUAAAGCAGAAUCUUUUAUAAACAAAGACGAGUUAAACAGCACUCUGCCUGCUUCUUUGAGUAAUACCAUAACUCAAGGUUUUAUACCAGAAAGUGACGAUGGUGAAUAUCGAAAUGUACCACUAACGGCACGUGAUGUGAUUGAGCGACCAAUUGAUCGUCAUAAUAUUUUAGACACUCCGGCUAAAGACAAUGACGUAGACUGGGGAAAAGAACUCCCUAUUGAAUCUAAUUAUAUUGAUAGGCAAAAAUUAGCCCUCAGCGGUAUAGUUUUAGGGAGCGCAAGAAGUGAAAUCCCCAAACCACAAGCAAACCCAUUUAUUAAACCAGGAGAACCGUAUGUAAACUUUUUAAAAAGGUCUUAUUUCCCCAAACCUGUAGACUAUUCGGAUCCUGAUCCGGAUGCUUCUGUUUUACCAGAUGAACCGGAUAUAUUAAAUAAAUACUAAAGUUUUAUUUUUAUAACGAAUUUAUAUAUAAAUUACUAUUUUGCUAAAGCAAAAAAAAAUCUUUUGUGAGAUUGUUGUACAGUUAAAACGUUUGUUACUUAAAAUUUAAUUUCAA